GCCAUUAUCUCAUUCCCUGGCCUCGUUCUCGCCAAUCCCUGCUUCGCCAGGGGUGUGGUGUCGGGCUAUUCUCGCGAUUUUUGCUUUACCUUUCUGAUGCACUACCCUUGUCGCGAGACUUUCAGCUCCUUCGCCGCUCCCUUUGCUGCCGCCUUAACUCGGGACCCCGGACUCAGCAUCUCCCCUACCCGAACGCCAGCCCCCGGCACUGCUGAGGUCCCGGUCCCCCAACCCCGCCUCGCCGCCGCCAUGGCGGACCCUAAAUACGCCGACCUUCCCGGCAUUGCCAGGAACGAGCCAGAUGUUUAUGAAACCAGUGACCUACCUGAGGAUGAUCAAGCGGAGUUUGAUGCGGAGCUGGAAGAACUGACAAGCACAAGUGUGGAGCACAUCAUUGUCAAUCCUAAUGCUGCCUAUGACAAAUUCAAGGACAAGCGAGUGGGGACAAAGGGACUUGAUUUCUCAGAUCGUAUCGGAAAAACCAAGAGGACAGGAUAUGAAUCUGGAGACUAUGAAAUGCUUGGAGAGGGUCUGGGAGCAAAGGAAACACCCCAGCAGAAGUACCAGCGACUGCUGCAUGAGGUCCAAGAACUCACAACUGAAGUUGAGAAAAUCAAGACAACAGUGAAGGAAUCAGCCACUGAAGAGAAGCUGACACCCGUGGUACUGGCUAAACAGCUGGCAGCUCUGAAGCAGCAGCUGGUUGCUUCCCACCUGGAGAAACUGCUGGGACCAGAUGCUGCAAUCAACCUCACUGACCCUGAUGGGGCUCUAGCUAAGCGCCUGCUGCUGCAGUUAGAAGCAACAAAAAAUAGCAAAAGCAUUGGUUCAGGGGGAAAGACCACCAGUGGGGCUCUUCCAGAUAGCAACCUUGUUACUUAUGAAUUACAUUCUCGGCCUGAGCAGGACAAGUUCUCUCAAGCUGCCAAAGUGGCCGAACUUGAGAAGCGCCUGACAGAGCUGGAGGCAACUGUACGCUGUGAUCAGGAUGCUCAGAAUCCCCUUUCUGCAGGUCUACAAGGAACAUGUCUUAUGGAGACUGUAGAGCUAUUGCAAGCAAAGGUGAGCGCCCUGGACCUUGCCGUUUUGGAUCAAGUGGAGGCUCGGCUACAGAGUGUCCUGGGAAAGGUGAAUGAGAUUGCAAAACAUAAAGCCUCUGUAGAAGAUGCAGAUACACAGAGCAAGGUACAUCAGCUAUAUGAAACCAUACAGCGCUGGAGCCCUAUUGCCUCCACCCUUCCUGAACUUGUGCAGAGACUCAUUUCCAUCAAACAGUUGCAUGAACAAGCUAUGCAGUUUGGUCAGCUUUUGACACACUUGGAUACCACUCAGCAGAUGAUUGCCAGUUCCCUCAAGGACAAUACCACUCUCCUGACCCAGGUGCAGACAACCAUGCGUGAAAACCUGGCCACAGUUGAGGGGAACUUUGCCAGCAUAGAUGACCGAAUGAAGAAACUGGGAAAGUGAGCACCUUUGGGAAAUGGGGACCAGGAGGAUCUUCCUUCCCCUCUGAACUGUUAACAGCUUACAUUAGACUGUCCCAUCAGUGGUUCCUCUUGAACUAAUUCUUAUCCCCAUCCCAUCUGACACUGAAGACAAGGGGUUUUUCUUGCAUGUGGCGUAUACUCCUCCCUUAUUGAAUGAAUAUAUAAUGGCAUACUGGUCCUUCCUUCAGGCCUUAGGAAUGAGGACUUGGACCCAGCCCAUGCUGGCUCAUAUCCAAUAGUAGUUUGCCUGGUAUGGGGAAGGAUUGGAUACUGUCCUCCAACACAGCUUCUAUAGCUGAUUGUAACAAUGUACGAGUGUUUGACCAUUAAAUGCUGUUGUACUCUGUGUGCCUCUACUCUGUUUCCUGGGGAAGAGGCAGCACUAAGAAAGAUGCAUUUACAAGCAUAGUAAGUAGUCUAAACUGCUCUACUACAAGAGAAGGAUUUAAAUUAUAACCUGUUCUCACUAAAGAACUAAGAAAAAGAAAUGAGUACAGAGCCAGAGCCAGAAUUUCAAAAUAUUCUCAUCUGUUAAAUUAAAGAGUGUCUCCCAUAGAAAAGCAGUGGAGGCCCCACAGGGCAAGUACAAAACAGAAUUAAAAUUCC